AUUUCUGUAAAUAUUCUUAGUUUAUUACCAAAUGUGACAAUAAAUAAAAAUGAAAACAUAAACCACCUUAUAUACCUCACGUACUUUUGUCUACUGCAAUACAGGUGCCUGCUUUAUAAACGGUGCUGAUUAUAUUCAUUUUUGCGCAGAAAAUAUUACAAACAUAAGAUGCGGAUUUUUCACCUUCAUCUUAUUUCUCUAACGGUGUCAGAUCUGGGAAUGUGUGCGACUAACUUCCCGCUGAUGCUAAAGGCUUGUAUUGACAGAGGUUGGAGCAGCGGGAAAGAUGCUUGUUACGUUUCUUCAAUUGGUGGAGCGGUUUUCGCCUUUUCUCAAAUUCUAAUGUUGGCUGAAACAGCUCGUGAAAAAUACAGCAACAUUUCCCGAUCAAAUCUCAUUCAACCGAAAGUUCGUUUCGUCAUGUUUCGAAUCUUACUGGUUUGGAUAUUCGCAUGCAUACUAUCGAUGCCACCAAUAUUUGGCUUUGGUAGAAUCAUGGUUGACGGUACAAUGAUUAGCUGUACAUUCAACUACAUUGAGACUGAUUUUAACAACAUAUGUUACGUGUUGUUCAUCAAUCUAUUUGGAUUCGUGGUCCCAAUGAUGCUGGCAAUGCAUUCGUUUUACGGAAUAUUACGAAUUAACCGUGAAAGUGUGUCCGCCCUGUUGGAACUAACAGAAGAUGUUCAACAAAUCAAUUGUUUCAAGAAAAGGGAAACAGCAUUAGCAAAAAACUUAUGCGCAACCAUAUUCUGUUUUGGCAUUGCGUGGACUCCGUACGCAGUAGUUGCUCUAUACAGUCUAAGUGGACAGGAAGUAUCCAAGUACGUGUCAACCGGAUGUGCGUUAUUCGCCAAAGCGUCCACUUGUUUUAACUGCAUGGUCUAUAUUUCCCGUCACCCAGAAUUGCCUACAAGGAUGAUACGGAGCUUACGCGGAUCCGAAACACAUCAUGGUACCAUCAGCAGUACCAAGGUAUGAAUCGCGAUCGAACCACCACCAAAUUACUUCCGUAAUCAAACUGUUACGAAAUAUACGCAAGAUUUAUCUACUAACAACCAACGUAUACACAUCACGUUUUUACCGAUAUCAUUUCUGCUGCAUCCGCCUUAUUGCUUAUCGGUAUACAUUAGCCUGAAAUCUCAUCCUUUACGGAGUUCUUUGUUUGUUUUUAUAAGAUACGUCAAUUUCGGUGUAAAAUGUCUUUGUUUCGUCUCUCAGCACAACUGCGCAUAGAGGAAAUAAUCAGCAUAUGGCAAUUGCUAGCCAGAAGUAUUAUAUUGUAUGAGUUAUGCGCGCGGAAAGGUAGACUCGCGUUCGUAUAAAUGUUUUAUGUAUAGGUUCAUUGCUUAUACAGGUUUAUGCGCAUAAAUAUAAGUAUUAACAAAUGUAGAUUUUGUUGGGGUGGAUAAAUAAGACAUAUUUACGUGUUAAUUUAUAACAGAGCUACUGCUUAUUUUAGCGCAGUGAAAUAAUAGUUAGAACUUCAAUGAUUGGCUGCAAGAUAUAGCAACGAUUUCUAUUAUGCAUGUAUACAGAUUGCUUGAUGGCAAACGAAACAAAGUAAAGAUACGCAUUUAGGAUAUUUCGUUGUUUUAAUAUUUAGAAUCUUUAAUAUUUAGAAAUUAAUUAAUAAACCAGAUGAGGUUAGAGAGGCGAUUAGUAUUUUUAACAAUAUAAAGAGGUUCCUGCAGUGUACGCGUCAUUGGUAAUUAAUGUUCUGCUAAUAAAUUAUUCAUU